AUCUCGCCUCUCUGCCAGAAAACAAGCAAGUUAACGUAGUUGUCGCGUCUUGGGCUGCUCGUCUCUGCCGAUACUUCACACAAGAAAGAUGAGAUCGCCGGCAACUCUUCCACUACUAUCUUCCGAUCGUUUGGUCGCCAUGGCGCCGUGACCUCGCCGUGCUUCAGCGAUGGCCCCGCGCUGGACCUCUGAUGACCAGACAAGACGGACCGACCGCACCGUGACUCCGACAGCCACUCCGUGGUGGUAAUCAGUGGAGUGCCGCCACCGUCGAUCAAAAUCUUUGACCUCCCGCAUCCACCGCCAGUUCUGUCUCCCUGCAAGCAAAUCUCAGCCGCCAUUGCUCAGCUUCUGAGCAGCGGAGCGGAUCCGAGAUGGAGCCCAUCCCUCUGCUCACGCCGUACAAGAUGGGCCAGUUCGAGCUGUCGCACCGGGUCGUGCUGGCGCCCAUGACGCGGCAGCGCGCCUACGGCGGCGUGCCGCAGCCGCACGCCGCCCUCUACUACUCCCAGCGCGCCACCCCCGGCGGCCUCCUCAUCUCCGAGGCCACGCGCGUCGCGCCGGCAAGGCAGGACGAGGAGCCGGCCUCGUUCAGGGACAUGCCGGGGGUCUGGGCGCCGGAGCAGGUCGAGGCGUGGAGGCCCGUGGUCGACGCCGUGCACGCCGAGGGCGCCGUCUUCUUCUGCCAGCUCUGGCACGCCGCGGCCGCCCCCGGCGACGCCGUCAGGGAAAGGCAGCAGGUGAGCCCGCAGAUGAGCUAUGAUGGCCGCCGCGAGGAGCUCACGUCGCCGAGGAGGGUGGCAGCUGAGGACGCGCCCGGCGUCGUCGACGCGUUCAGACGCGCCGCCAGGAACGCCAUCGAUGCCGGCUUCGACGGCGUCGAGCUCCAAGGCACCAACGGCUACUUCGUCGUCGACGGCGGUGGCCCGGAGAGUCGCUGCCGGUUCGCGCUGGAGGUGGUGGACGCCGUGGCGCGGGAGAUCGGCGGCCACCGCCUGGGCCUGCGACUGGACCAGUUCACCGCAGAGCCGGACGAGCACGCGCUGGCGCUCCAUGUCGUCAGCCGGCUCAACGACCUCGGCGUGCUCUACUGCCACAUGAUCGAGCCCAAGGUGGACGGCCGGCGGCGCGUGUCCCGGCGGCUGCUGCCUUACAGGGAGGCGUUCGGCGGCACGUUCAUCGCCAGCGGCGGGUACGGGCGGGAGGAGGGCGACGCGGCCGUCGGCGAGGGGUACGCCGACCUGGUGGCGUACGGGCGGCUCUUCCUGGCGAACCCGGACCUGCCGAGGAGGUUCGAGCUCGGCGCGCCGCUCAACGACUGCGUCAGCGCCACCUUCUACGGCGCCGGCGCCGGCGCCGCCCACCCCGCCGUCGGAUACACUGAUUACCCGUUCCUAGAAUGAUCGAUGAUUGUGCUCGGAUGUUCUUUUCGGCGUAAACAAUCGACCAUGAUUUGCCUCCUCAGUGUUGUAUAUAUGAUAGUACUAAUUUUAUGGGGAUUAAGUUCAUCAAUCACCAUGAUUUGCCUCAAUGUUGUAUAUAUGAUAGUACUAAUUUUGUGGGGAUUAAGUUCAUCAAUCAAUUCGAUCGUCUUGUUAAUUUGUACUACUAA